CUUUAUAUAAAGACGGCCUCUGCCCAGGGCCUUUGCCUGAAUGACUUCGUGCCUGACCAGGAGGGUCCCACUCACCGGCCUGCAUCAGGACCAUGUGUGACCAGCAGCAGAUUCAGUAUUGCCUGCCGCUCCCCCAGUGCUGCGUCAAGGGUUCCUCCUUCGGACCCGCCCAGCUUGCCGGCACCAGUGGCGAGGUGCUAGUCCCAGCCCCUUGUGGGAUGCAGAUUUUGGAGUGCCCUGCACCAUGCCAAGUCCAAGCUUCCCAGACUCCCUGCCAGACGAAGACUACCCAGAUGGAGGGCCAGACUGCGUGCAAAACCAAGACCACCCAGGUGAAAUUCCAGGCUCCCAGCAAGUCCAAAACUACCCAGGUGAAGAGCCAGGCCCCCUGCGAGUCCAAGACCACCCAGGUAGCGUGUCAGGCUCCCUGCCAGACUCAAGUAUCCUGCGUCCAGUGCCAGGCUCCAUGCCAAUCUGGGGUUUCCUACGUGCAGUACGAAGUCCCGUACCCUGUUCAGACUUCCUACGUAGAAUGUGCUCCAGUUUGCUACACAGAAACUUGUUAUGUGAAAUAUCCGGUCCAGACCUACGUACCCAUUCUCGCCCCUCAGCCUGUCACUACUUAUGUGGAAUGUCCCCCAGUGUCCCAGACCCAGGGAAGCUUCUCCACCCAGCGCCAGUACCAGGGCUCCUACAGCAGCUGCGCCCCCCAAUUCCAAGCAGGGGCCUCCUAUAGCAGCUGCGGCCCCCAGCGCCAGUCCGGGGCUUACUACAGCAGCUGCGCCCCCCAAUUCCAAGCAGGGGCCUCCUACAGCAGCUGCGCCUCCCAGCGUCAGUCCCGGGCUUCCUUUAGCUCGUGUGCGCCCCAGUGGCAGGGCCAGGACUGCUACGGGAGCUUCGGAGGGCAGCGUCGGUCCCAGAGCACCAGCAGAUGCCUCCCUUCGCGUCGGCUGGAGCCCUCAUAUCGCAGCUGUUCCCCGCCACGACGCUUUGGGCCCCGCUACAGCAGCUGCCUGCCAUCAACAGGCUCUUCGGGUUCCUACAGCUACUGCACCCCACCGCGCCGCUCCGAGCCCAUCUACAACAGCCACAGCUGUCCGCGCCCCAGCGCAGGCCGCUCCCAGAGAUGCGGACCCAGGUGCCGGGUGGAGAUUUCCUCCCCCUGCUGCCCCCGGCAGGUGCCACCGCAGAGGUGUCCCGUUCAGAUUCCGCCCAUCAGGGGGCGCUCGCGGAGCUGCGCCCCACGGCCGUCCUGGGGCACCUGCUCGAGCUGUCACGAGAGCAGCCCGCGCUGCCUCGACACAGAGGGCAGCUGUGGCCCGUGUGGGUACAGCCAGGGGUGCGAGAGUGGUCCUGGCUGCCGGCCUGGUGAUGUCUUUCCAGAGCCACCUGGUGGUUGUGGCGACCAGGGAAACUGCCUCUUUCUUGCGGCCUUCUUGGCCGGUUCCCACUCACAGCAGCCUGUGCUGACUGCUGAAGCUCAUGGCUGCCUUCACCCCAGCAAGGAGGGCACGACUUCCAACAUCUCGUGA